AUGGGACAGUCGUGGAUAAUUCCAUUAAAUUCUAUUAAUUUGAGCUACACGAUUGACAUCUGUGACUACUACGCUCUGACUGGACAACUAGAGAAUCAUCCUGAAUGUCCCACACCUAAGCCAAAGGUAACGUCGAAGCCACCACGCCGCAUAGGACUGUGCUCAAGUUCGGCGACGUUGAUACAGUGCACUGCGGAUGCGGUCACCUGUCCGCUCUCUGGCCAGGUUUGCAUACAGUCGGAUGGCAACAAGUGUUGUCAAGUUGAGACUGCAGGAAUUCCAGCGUCAGAGAUUAACGCUAAAUCUGGCUCAUGCCCUCGACCAGUAGGUGUCUCUGUAUUGCAGGAAGCCGCUAUAGGUUGUUGGAUGGACAGCAACUGUCCAGGGAUACAGAAGUGUUGCGUUGAGCCAAAUCCUGCGACGAGUUCAGCGACUCGAAUUUGUCGUGAUCCGGUCGGAAUCCGAAGUUAG